GUGAAGGCGAACAUAAAAGCACCAAUAUUAUGCCUAUGUUAUUUAAACGUUUGUUUUUUUCUGUUACUUAUUUCAUGUUCCAUUACAGAAAAGUUUACUGUGGUAGUGUCGUUCUUUUCCGGCAUACCUAAUCCGCAGUGGUCAGUCUCAGAUAAUGAAGAGCUUACGGGCCUCUUGGUGGAGUCCCUAAAAGCGGGAACCCUUGGCCAUCCUUCACAGAUGCCUGCUAUACUUGGUUUCAGAGGAAUAUUGAUUGAAGAUGAGCUUCUAGAUUUAGGAAAGGUACUACUCCUUGGAUCAAAAAGUACUGAGCUACAAAUGGCUAUACUUAAAACCAUGCCGCAAGGAAUGCUCAAGCAAGGUGAUCUAGAUGACAUAGAGGAUGCUAUAAACGCAGGAGAUCUCGUUUUAAAGGAACCUCCGGUUUUCCCAGUACGAGGAAAGCGUUAUGCACCCCCCUAUCAACCUGCCGUAUGGAAUGCACUUGUACCUGCCUACAGGAGACAAAGGUGCAAUAACUGCUAUAACUACGCGACUCGCCGUGCAACCGAUACCUUUGCCCAGCCUGGAUAUGGUAGUGGACGGAUUUAUAGAAGAAAUGCUGGGGGUGGACUAAUAGCCAAUCCUCACACCGGUGCAAAUCUCAUAGCAGCUGCGCAACGUGAUGGCUUGACUCAGCUAAACCCGCAUCCAGGAGCAGCUGCACCAGUACCUGGAGCUCCAGCUCACGCGUGGCGCCACCUGGUAGCACUAGUUGUCAAACCAGGUAAGUGAAAAAAGAAAACAAAAACAAAAAUAGAAUGUUCCAAAAAAAUUGAGAUCCACGGGCCGUACCUCCCAAACGAAAAUAUUCUUGCCCUGCCAUUCUUGCUCUGGUAUCCUCAUAUGACCGUUCUUUCUCGCUAGCUUGUUGUUGUUGCGUCGUAAAACCCACUCCUUCACUUUAAAACUGCUCAUGGUACAUUGGCCAAAAUGACACAGAACAAGAUACUCAGCAUUUUCAACAUCUAAGUAUAAUUUGAUUUACUCAAUGACGUAAAGUGUAGUUCCAGAAAAAAGAAAUAAACAAAAGAUUAAAAAAAAGGAUUAAAAAAAUCUCUUUGUAUUGUAUAGUUCCUUUUUAAGUUAUAUAUUCAAUCAUGUAAGUCAAUUAAAGAGAACCAUGAAUAGGCGAUACCUUACACUACACGAAUCAUGCAGUCUGUUCAAGACCAAUUACAAAAACAACUAAACACCGAGUAAACUUCAAUUACUUCUUUUCACUAAUACUUAAAACACAACCACAUUACAGUGAACACCGUCAUUAGGGAACUUCAGCUGGAGACGUUUUUAAGGCGACGGCGACCGGACUGGCCUGGAACUAAAGCAAACGUCGCUUCCCGCCAAAAUUCGAACAUUAAGAUCGCAUCGAACUUAGAAGGAAGUCGCCUUAGAACACUACCGAAGAGAAAAAUAUGGCUUCACAAAAAGAAUUGAGAGAGUUAAUGCUUAGUUGAUAUAUGCAGACAACAUCUUAUCGGAUGAAGAGUUUCUCGUUAUUUAGGAAAUACUUGCAUGCAAUAUAUAUAUAUAUAUAUAUAUAUAUAUAUAUACACUCGUUUUCACUUGUUUCUUUGGGCGAAACAAAAGAAAAAACAAAAGGUCUGUAUAUUAGUAUAUGUUUCUGAAAUGUCAACUUUUUUAAAAAUGAGUGUAUAUUUAACAAUUAUUUUUUGAAAUCGAGGUGAAUAGCGGCUAAAUAUUUACCGAGCCACGAAGUGGCGAGGUAAAUAUUUCUAAAGCAACUAUUCACCGAGAUUGAAAAGAAUAAUUGUUUUAGUAUAUACACACGAAGUGAUCUCAGCAAAAUCAGAGAAGAAACCAUUAAAAACUACGAUUUGAUUGACAGAUCAGGUGAGCUAGACACGCGAAAGUUUAUAAAAAGAUCUUUGUAAAAUUUUCAAACAUGGCAAUUCACAAGCUUAUCACUUUGCAAACAACAGCGUAAUGACUUAAAUGGAACCGCGAAAAGUUUGAAUUGUUUCCAUACCUGAGAAGAAAAGAAGAGCUUUAAUGUUUUCUGUUGACUCGCCAAGUUUACAGCCGAAAAGGUUUGUUGUGUCGUUCUUCGCAUGAAGUGCUGCCAAAAAUGGCGAUUCGGUUCCUCCAGCUAAGACGUCGUCUUCAUGUAGCAUUCUUUCUCCUAUUUACUUGAAACGUAGAAUUUCAGCAAACAUUUGCUUUCAAACGUGUUUGUCUUAAAUAAAGUUCGUUUUUGAGUGAAAUUUUUCUUGUUAGGAAACGCUGAGCUCACGAAACGGCUUCUUCUAGGCGAAUAAACGGGAGUUGUAAACAAUCCAUAGACCACAAAACUCAACUACAGUAUAUAUAUAUAUAUAUAUAUAUAUACGUAUGGUUGACGGAAGAAAACAAGUAACUACAUAAGUAUCCCUACAAGCCUGUUUCGUGGUUGCCCACUCAUCAGGGGAUUUUAAUGAGAAUAACUUUACCAUUACUUAUAUAGUAGACUGAUUUACAUAAUUUAUUCAGUGCGAGGUUCGUUACAUCAGUUGUUGCGCAAGAGGGCUUUGUUUCUGUGGCGGCUGGAUGAGUGGGCAACCACGAAACAGGCUUGUAGGGAUACUUAUGUAGUUACUUGUUUUCUUCCGUCAACCAUACGUAUACUCGCUCUACUUUAUGUAUUGAGCACUGUUUUACGGAUUUCAAGUUCAAACCUCUUAUAUAUAUAUAUAUAUAUAUAUAUAUAUAUACAGUACCACAAGUGAAGAGUAAAACAAUAUGUUUUUUGUCUCUCACCUAUAUUUCCACAGGUGGCCCAAGCGUAAUAUGAGAGUUUGUAUGGGAAAAAUAGAGUUUGAAACUUAGAUGAAAUAAAUGAAGUAAAAGCGAUAAAAGUUCAAGCUGAUUCUGAGCAGCUUUGAAGAUCGAUCGAGCGAUUCUGUCCUACCUUGUCUCUUAUUAUUACACUGUCAGGUCAGAUGCUGUAAAAGUACUGAAAUCGCACUGAAACUUCGUAAAAGCAAAGACAACGACUCCAGGUAACAAUAUUUACACUUAAUUGAGAACUUUUAUCGCUUUUACUUCAUUUAUUUCAUCUAAGUUUCAAACUCUAUUUUUCCCAUGCAAACUCUCAUAUUACGCUUGGGCCACCUGUGAUAUUUCGGCCGUGUUAAACGGCCUUCAGCAGGGUGAAUGGCCGUUACAAGCAUCACACACCAUUAUAACAUGACAAUGAACAAAUUUGAAAACUUGCACGCGCUACAAAGAAAGAUAAACACGCGCGCGCUCUUACCGGACGCGAGACCUAGUCGACCUAUUCUGGCUGUAAAAAAAGUCACUUAUCUUCAAGCCCUGAGGCUGACUACAGUUCAACCUAUAGGCCCACUGGCCUUCUUUAUCCCGGAGAGCUGAUUCUUCCCCGGACACUCUGUCAAUUAACUGUAUACUGACAUCCUCAAGACCAUGGUGUCCCUGGCCAAAAAAAUGUCUAUACAAAAGAUCAUCCUUGUUUCUACCCUCAAAAGAAAGCCUUGAAUGCGCUCUAAAACGGGCCUUAUGAUUGUUAAACCUAAGCCUAAAUUUUGUUGUUGUUGACCCAACGUACUGCGCAUGACAAACCUUACAGGACAGCAAGUAGACAACAUUACUACUAUUACAAUCCAGUUCGUAGUUAGUUGUAUAUAUAUAUAUAUAUAUAUAUAUAUAUAUAUAUAUAUACAGUACCACAAGUGAAGAGUAAAACAAUAUGUUUUUCGUCUCUCACCUAUAUUUCGGCCGUGUUAAACGGCCUUCAUCAGGGUGAAUGGCCGCUACAAGCAUCGCACACCAUUAUUACAUGAUAACGAACAAUAUAGUCGUUUUUUGAGUAGAACGUAUUUCGUAGAGCGCUCGACUCAAUUGACUGAGGAGCAUCAGCUAUAACUUCACAGAAGUUCAGGUUUCACGAGUAAUCAUCCUUUUAUUGCUACAGAACUGUUUCUUAUGCUUGCAAGAACCACACUCAUCAGGCAAUGUUGACGACUGAACUGUCGGAAUUGGAAGGCCGGCAACUAAAUGCGAAAAUUUAAAAGGUUGCUAUGGUAGAUUCGUUACAUUCAGGUUAUAUGAAACUGUUGAAAGGGUUGCUAGGUAACAAAAACAUUAUAUAAGAGGGAUUAUCUGUCGUUAUAAAAAAUGUGAUAUAAGCGGGUUUUAAGCUACGUUACUCUAAAGUUCCCAAGUACAUAUCGGUUUUUGUGGGGGCAUGAACUUGCUAAUUCGUUUCUUCUGUUGAGGCUACACAGUUUUUUUUUACAGAUGAUUAUGAACUUUUCAUUCAGGUAAAGACGACAUUUUUUUGUUAAUGUUGCUGUAGGGUUUACAUUUCUUAAGAAUUUUCCAUUUAAUCUGAAACGGUUUCUUUUCGUUUUGUAAGUUCCAAACAUAUUUGGAGAGUUGUGUUUCAUUUCUUCUUUUCGAGUGUCGAAAGGAUGUUUUGUGGUUCCUGUAGCGUUCCUUAAAGUUUGUGGCUAGUCCAACGUAGGUUUCAGUUGCUGUCUCAGUAGUAACUGUGGCUUGAUAGAUGACGUUAGUUUGAAGGCAUUUUCCUUCUAAUGGGCAAUCAAACUGUUUUGUACAAUUGCAGGUGUCGGGUUGCGGUAUUUGGGCAUUUGCAUUGGAAAGAACGUGUUUGUUGUGUGACGAUAUGAUGGAUUUCAUAUUUGGCAUACAUGAGUAGCUUAGCUUGAGAGUGUGUGUCUGGAAACCUGAACGUCUGUGAAGUUAUAUAUAUAUAUAUACAGAGCUUGGAAAUCGAGCUUCAAAUGUGACUCAAUGAAAACCAGGACAAUUAAAGAAAGAUCAUCUGCAAAAUUCUAGUUGCUGAACGCAACAAAGCUGAUUGGAAUGAAAGUUAAAUACUCACGUUUCGCCACAAGGCAAACACAAACAGACCAGUUUCACGUCGUCGACGGGACCACGACGGCAAGGUGGUCAGCAAGAGCAUGCGCAAUGUGGUACAAAUCAUUACGUCACGUCCGGUUGUAGUUGCCGUCGCCUCAAAAACGUGUCGAUCUUAAGCUUCCCAAUGUGUAUUUCAUGAGCAGAUGACAGUUGCAUCGAAAAAAAAUAUAUAUCGCAUAAGUCCUUAAAAAAAAGAAAAGAAACAAACGACAAAAAACAUUCAGCCGACUGUAAAUUCAAGAGCAUCAAUAAAAACAACGAGUCUUGUCAACAAAACUUCUUACAGUUAACGAGGCGUCGUCCCCAGGGCUCUCGGUUACUGUGCCUAUUUCUUCAGUUAUCAUGCACUAUUGAUUUGUUGUUAUUGUUGUUGUUGUUGUUGUUGUUGUUACUUUAUCGCAUUCGCCAUCGCUUUCAGAUUUGGUAAACGCAAGCUGGUUAUGAAGAAUUAGCCGGGGCAUUUGAGCUGAUCACAAAUGGAUUAAUAUUUUGAAUGAAUGUAAAUGCUAAUGACUAAUAGUGCAAAAGACCACUUUCGAAAUUCAGCUUGACAGCGAGUCUUACACAACAUAAAUAACAAAAAUCGAAAAGCAUGUUAUUUAUUUUCUUUGUUUGGGUCCUCUAAGACUCGCUGUGAUGUUCAAUUUGAUAUGCCGAUAUUGGCCUUCUAAACAUAGAGGCUAUGAUUCCAAGCAACAACAACAACAACUUCAUUAAAAGCAAUGAAAUACAUUACAAAUACACACUACUCACAAUUAGCUAAAGCCAUUUGAGGCAGGCAGUGUGGGUUUAUUGUAAUAUUCAUCAUUAUCAUCAUCAGAAGCAGUAGCAUCACCAUCACCAUCAUUAUCAUCCUGAUCAUUAUCACCAUCAUUAUCACCAUCAUUAUCACCAUCAUUAUCACCAUCAUUAUCAUCAUCAUGAUCAUCACUAUGACCAUCAUUAUCAUUAGGUGUUAUGGAAUGAAAAGCCCAAGUUACCUUGUUAUUGACAGAUUGCUGUUAUGCAUUCCUAGAUACAGCGGCACGUACGGGUGAUUUCCACUGGUAUCGACUGGAUAACAACGGACAGUGGUCGCACAAACCUGGCGAGACACAGGUCUCACAGCUAGAUAACGCAAAUGCUCCCAUCGUAGAUCCAAGGAAUUGUGCUCUUGGCCUUUAUGUGUUUCAACGUUUCAUGGUUGCAGAUCCAUUGACAAAUCGAAUAGGUGGUAAUUUUGUUUGUCCUGUAUAA